AUGGAUGAAAAUGAAGAGGAAGAGAAUGAAAGGGACUUGGAUAUGGGAAAUGACCAAUUAGUUGUUGCUGCAAGGAUUGAUUCUGAGGAGUAUGAUACUGAUGAGUUACCACUUGACUAUGAUAGUGAAGAUGAUGAGGUUAUAAGAGAUGAUUUUCCAACUUUCAAACUUCCCAAAAAAAUGGAUGAUUACAAAUGGGAAUUAGGGACUUAUUUUGCUUCUAGUGAAGACUUUAAAGAAGGAAUUAGAACUUAUGCCAUACACUCAGGUAGAAAUCUCCAAUUUAAGAAAAAUGAUAGGAAGAGAAUGAGAGUCAUAUGUAAGCAAGGAUGUCCAUGGGAGUCAUAUUGUGCAAGGUUAGCAGACAAAAAAACAUGGCAGCUGAGAAAGAUUGUUGACAAUCACACAUGUAGCAGAGACUAUAAGGUUAGGUUUUUGAAUUCCAAAUGGUUGGGCAAAAAAAUUACCAGCACUGUGAGAGAGAAUCCUGACUUGAAGCUGAGGGAUAUCAUGGAGAAAACAAAACAAAAGUGGAAUGUAGGGAUCAAUAAGACACUUGCAUACAGAGCUAAGUCAAUUGCAGUUGACAUUGUAGAUGGUUCUUUUAGAGAUCAAUAUACAAGAAUCCAUGAUUAUGGACAUGAGCUUUUAAGGUCCAACCCUGGUUCAACUGUGGUUAUUAGUAGUCAACCUUGUCAACCCAGUCAAGGUGGAGAGGACAAUACUGAGAAUCUUGAUAGGCCUUUGAAUCCACACUUCCAAAGGAUCUAUAUCUGCUCCAAAGCUUGCAAGGACAGUUUCUUCAAGUGUAGACCUAUUAUAGGUUUGGAUGGAUGUUUUUUGAAAGGCUACUAUGGGGGACAAAUCCUUGCAGCAAUUGGGAGGGAUCCUAAUGAUCAAAUGCUGCCCAUAGCAUAUGCUGUAGUUGAGGGAGAAACCAAAGAAUCUUGGAGCUGGUUUUUGGAAUUAUUAACAACUGAUUUGGGAGGUGUCAGAAUAUGCAAGACAUACACAUUUAUAAGUGAUCAACAGAAGGGUUUGUUACUUGCACUUGAAGAGUUGCUACCAGGAGUUGAUCAAAGGUUUUGUGUUAGGCUAGUUGAUAAACAUAUUUGUGUUAGGUAA